AUGUCUCUGCUCAAACAGCGGGGGAGGGAGCUCGAGCGUUUCGACGGACUGUCGCUCAUCUACUGGACACUCAUGGGUCCAUAUGGAGUUGACCGAGCUGUUCAUUCCAUGGAGUUUACAGACUGUGAGAAUGGCCUGGGAAUUAAAGUGAUCGGUGGAGUGAAGGAGGUCACUGGAGAGGAGUUUGGAGUCUACGUCAAACGGAUUUUACCAGGUGGCCUUGCUUCAAGUGAUGGAAACCUGAUGCCAGGGGACCAGAUCUUGGAGGUGAAUGGAGACAGUUUAGUAGGAGUCACAAGCGAAAGAGCUGUGGAUGUCCUUAGAGCAGCCUCCGCAACCAGUCACAUGCGCCUUCUCAUAGCCAGAGAUGAGGAGGCAAAGAGAGAAUUUGCUGAGCUGCUGGAGAAAUAUGGAUCCAAUGGUAGCACCGGCUCAACACGCAACUCCCCUAUCCAGCAAGGCAAUCGUUUCCUGGAAAGUACGUCAUCCGGCUCCUCGUCUCGCUCUCAGAGUCCUUUGCUGUUGAGCCCAGCCGGCUCUCAGAACAUGUUCAACAACAGUGGGCCCAUGCUGCGCUCGCUCAGUCACCCAGGUGAAGGAGUGAUUCAGCUGCUGUCAGUGGCACGAUCCAGCAGUUUAGGCAUCACCAUUGGAGGGGGCUCCAACCGGCCUGAUGGCCCUGCUGUCUUCAUCCAGGAGGUACUGUCUGGAGGAGACUGUCACCGGGAUGGACGUUUGAGGCCAGGAGAUCAGCUCAUUGCCAUUAACAAAGAGUCCUUGAUAGGUGUGACCCAUGAUGAGGCCAAAGGCAUGCUGAAUAAAGUCAAACUCAGCCAAGACACUGCAGUGGAGAUAGCCUUCAUCCCAGGUAAAGGACUUUUUCCAAGCAGCGCAUCUCUCCACAACGGAGUCCAGCGAGCUGCAGGGAACAGCCACAACUCUGGACGUUUAAAGGUCCACAUCAGAUCACCUGAGAGCUGCACAGAGGAGGCAGCCCAAGUGUCCUCUCCUUCUCCUGACAUCUGCCCACCAGAUAUUCACAUUUCAGGUUCAACAAGCCAGAGGUCACCAACAGCAGCCAAACCUAAGAUCACACUGGACCCCCACAUACGCCUCAAAUUGGACAAGUUAGACUUGGCUUUGUCCUUCCUCGGGCUGGAUGUCAACGAAGAGAACAAGAAGAAGUUGAGACAGAAUCUUACCACAGACCCACAGGGCACUGUGGCCUAUGGAGACUUUGUGGAGGCCACAAGGAGCGUCUUUCAGGAGAACCUGGAGGAGCUGGGUUUAGGGGCGGGCCCCUUCAUGUUCUCCUAUCAUGAGGCAGCCAGUCUGAUGGACACAUCGGCCUUCCAUUCACCUACAUAUGAAUCUGAAUGCAGCUACAGCAGUGAGGAGAUGGAGCAGUUUCAGACGGAGGUGAAGCAGCUGCAGACCCAGAUGAAGCAGCUGAAGGUGAUGCUGAAGGACAUGGAACACAGCAAGAAGACCAUGGAGGAGGAGCUGCAGAAGACGUCAGAGAAAGCAUGUUUGACUGUGGAGGAAAACACGCGUCUGAAGAGUCGCCUGCAGGCAGCGGAGGCUGAGGGGGGGCAGCGGCAGGGCAGCAGCGCCGAGCAGGACUACGAGGAGGUAAUCCAGCUGCUGGAGGCUGAGAUCCGAGACCUGAAGAACCAGUUGGCCAGCAAAAGACAAGCACAAGGAGGGGAAGCCCCCAAGGAGAUGCUGGAGCUGAACAGGAGGCUGAUGACUGUUGACUGCCAGCUGAAGAAGUCUGAGCUGAGCAGGAGACACCUGGAGAUCUCCAACAAGAAACUACUGGGCUUUGCUCAGAACGUCCACAAAGUGCUGACAACACCGAGCCUGUUUGGAGGAGAAGGCGGGAGCAACAGGUCGUCUCCAGCCACUGACAGCCCCGACACACCUUCACCACUUCCUGAUCCCGCCUUCCAGCUGGCUGUGGAGGCCAAAGAGCUGGUGGAAGGAGUCACUGCUGAUGGCGAAGCAUCGGAACACGUGUCAGAGGCGGCGCCGGUGCCAGACAUCAGCCCGCAUCAUGUGUGAGGGACCAAGAGCC